CCUUAGUAAGGUUACAUUUCAGAUUUCGUGUCUUGAAAACGAAAAUGAAGGUCUUUUUGCUCCUCCUUUUGGUCGCUGCGGUUUCCGAAGCUAGGGUCUGCGUACUGACGUGCAACAGCAAAGUAUGCCUUCUUCAGUGUCGAACUCCUGAGCUCGAAAGUUACUCGGUUCCAUAUGAUGUAUUUAAGAACAUCUUUACUGUACCAUAUGAAGAAGAAACAAGUACCUAUAGUGUACCGCAUAAAGCAGAAACUAGGAGCACCUUUACUGUGCCGCAUGAAGGAGAAACUAGGAGCACUUUUAGUGUACCUCAUAAAGCAGAAACAAGUACCUACAGUGUACCGCAUAAAGCAGAAACUAGAAGCACCUUUAGUGUACCUCAUAAAGCAGAAACUAGGAGCACUUUUACUGUACCUCAUGAGGCAGAAACGGGUACUCAUACCCUACCGCAUGAAGCAGUAAUGAAAUUUUUCACAACUCCAGAUCAUGCAGAGCAGAAAUAUUUCACAACUCCACAUAAUGCAGAGCAGAGUUUCACAGGCUUGUACGAACUUUUUAGGAAUUACACAGGUCCAUUCGAAGGAGAGCUGAACACACAUACUGUACCUCAUGACGAAGGAUUGAAAGCUGUCACUUUUCCAUAUCCGGCAUUGAAGAAUUACACAGGUCCUUUUUACGUAUUUUGGAAUUCCACAGGCCCUUUUGACAAAAUCAGGAACUUUACAGGCCCUUACGAAGGAUUUUGGAGAAAACUUUCCACAGUAAAAGAAGACUUCGAGAAAUCCCACACAGACCCACACCAUGCAUUCAGGGAAUUUACAGGCCCUCAUGAAGGAUUUUGGAGAAAAUUUUCCACAGUAAAAGAAGACUUCAAGAAAUCCUACACAGACCCACACCAUGCAGUCAGGAAAUCCCAUACAACCCCACACCAUGCAUCCUGGACACCCCCCACAGUUCCGUAUUAAAGAAGAAGGUAAAACCGAAGUGACUUGCGUUUGUUGAUGGCCAAAUGAAGACCUGUUUUUUGAUAACUGAAGAAAAAUUUCAAUGGACUAAUUACGAAUUUUGCGAUGUUUUUUGUUACAACUAAAUUUGCAAGAAAAUUUAACAAAUAAAAAUUUUAAUUUGUUUCCCACAA